AUGGUCGCCAAAUGCUGCAGACUGAAGCACACAAAAAUAUUGGGCGCCUAUAAUGUGAGCGAAUGGAAAAGAAUAGCCCAGAUAUGCGCGGCUGUAGUAUACUGCCUGCUAGCAGCAGGCAUUGUAUUUGGCUAUGCUGCACUCAAGCCCAUUCUUAUCACGGAGGGCGUUUAUCGGGAUCGCUGCACGAAAGAGGAGCUUGAUCAGGGCGUCGAUGUCUGUUCCGAACAGGAGAUUCGCUUGAAUCUCAUGUUCACAGUCGCCGCAGUUGUCACCAACAUCUGUGCGCUGCCCGUUGGGGGCAUAUUAGACUCCUGCGGUCCUCGAGUCCCUGGUGCUAUUGGAAGUAUCUUCAUUGCUCUUGGUGCACUUCUAUUUGCAAAUCCCGCUCAUUUUCCAUACGAUGGGCGUUUAACGGGCUAUGCUCUCUUCGCUAUUGGUGGCCCGUUCGUAUUCAUAUCCUCUUUCCAUCUAUCGAAUACAUUUCCAAAACACGCUGGCCUCAUUUUGUCCAUGCUAACGGGCGCAUUUGAUUGUUCGAGCGCCUUAUUUUUGCUAUUCCGCCUGGUACACGGGAAGGCGAAUGGUUUCUUUACCAUCAAAACUUUGUUCUUGAUAUAUUUGAUUGUGCCGGCGUUCAUUCUUGCUUCCCAAGUCCUAUUGAUGCCGUCUCGAUCUUAUAGCACUGUGGGAGAAUUACUCCAACAUGCCGAAGAGACCCUUGCAGAAGACGAAUCUGAAAAUGGAGGUCACUCUGCAGUUACCCAGGAACGCGACGCGGACUUAUCCCCACGAUAUCAACGUUUAAUUUCUCAAAUCAACGCUCUCAUCGACGACCAAAACUCCCAAUCGGGCUCUGAGUAUACCUCAAAUCCUGCAUUCAAAGCUGACCCUAAUUGGGGGGUAAUGCAUACCUCCUCCUCCCUUCAACAAAUCCUUUCUCCCUGGUUCAUCUUUAUCACCCUCUUCACUAUUAUUCAAAUGCUGCGCACAAACUACUUUAUAUCCACCAUCCAUCCGCAAUAUGAAUACCUCCUCUCGCAACCCAAUCAAGCAAGGCAGCUGAACCACCUUUUUGACUUCUUCCUACCACUUGGCGGCCUUAUCGCUAUUCCUUUCAUAGGAAUCAUCCUAGAUCAGAGCACUCUACCCGGCAUCCUCACUCUCCUUGUGACCGGUGCAACUCUCGUCGGUGUUCUAGGAUGCAUCUCAGAUAGCCUGCCCGCCGCGUACGCCAACAUAUCCCUCUUCGUGCUCUACCGGCCGUACUUCUACACCGUCGUAUCCGACUACGCCGCAAAAGUAUUUGGAUUCCAAACAUUCGGAAAGGUGUAUGGAUUGAUUACUUUUCUUGCAGGUUUGGGGAACUUUUUACAGAGUCCUUUAGAUAUUCUAACGAUCAAAAUUUUGCAUGGGAAUCCUGUGCCGGUGAAUAUUGGAUUGACAGGGGCUGGGGCCAUUGCGGGCGGCGUAUUAGCUUGGUUCGUUUGGUGGAGAAAUAAGCGGUGGAUGGGAGUUGGAUCCGCCGCCUGCGAUGUUGGUGAGACCGAGAGAUUACUGCCCGAUGCAUUGAAUGAGAGACGAGAGGGUUCUUACGGCGCUCUGAGGCGAGGUGAGACAGCAUGA